GAAGACUGCAGCAAAACACGAGCAAACGGGAAAUCAGAAUCUGUCAGGAUCCUCGUGGACAGAGGCGUCAUCAGCGUUCUGUUCGCUGAUUGGUUGUCAGUGUAUGAGCCGUUGAUACGAGCAGCAGCACACUUCAGUUAUCAGCAGCACGCCUAGAACUGCUUCAGUCUGAUCUCACCUGAGCAGAUGAACCGAGCUCUUGAAUAUCACAGACUCACGGUGAACAACGAGGACCUUAGGUGCCACACGAGUGAGCAAACAGUGUGUUUCCUUCUCAUUGUAGAUUUUCUGCCAUGCCUGUCAAACGGGAGGACGUCCUGAAGGAUGAAAAUCUGAUCAAAAAUAUAGAGGAGGUAGCAAAAGACACAGCACUUUUACAUGGGGUGUUGAUGAGGACCAAAGAAACGCCAAACUCUCCUGAAGUGGCGAGUUAUGCACCGUUCACGUUGUUUCCCACACCGGUGCCCACAGUACUCUUUCAUCAGGCUUUGGCAGUACAGACACAUUUUAACCGGCUGGUGGACCGGGUCAGCCAGAAUCCUGGCUUCCUAGAGGAAACUCUGGCCAGCACCAUCAAAGUUGACAAUUUUACAGCAAGACUUUUCAACAUAUACAAACAAGUUCAGCAUGAACAUCAUCCCCAGUCAAUAGUGCUGGGCUUGAAUCGCUCAGACUACAUGUUGGACCACAGUCCAGACGGUGGAACGUCUUUGAAGCAGAUUGAAAUCAACACUAUUGCUGCAAGUUUUGGUGGUCUUGCUUCACGGACACCGGAUGUCCAUCGGCACAUUCUGAAGGUCGCAAACCUGCCAGAGGAGUGUAAUAAUGUGCUCGACAACAACCCAGCAGCAGGUCUGGCUAGAGGUUUGGCCAAAGCCUGGGAGCUCUAUGGAUCUGAGAGGGCAGUGGUUAUGUUUCUGGUCGAGGACGUUCAGAGGAAUAUUUAUGACCAUCGAUAUGUUGAGAAUGAGCUGUGGAAAAGAAAUAUUCCUGUAAUAAGAAGACAGUUUGAAGAUGUUUGCAGAACUGGAUCCCUGGAUGAGAGCAAGAGGCUCUUUGUAGAUGGUCGUGAGGUCGCCAUUGUCUACUUCCGUAACGGAUACAUGCCCCAAAACUACACCUCAGAGAAGAGCUGGGAGGCCCGUCUGAUGAUGGAGCGCUCUCUGGCUGUGAAGUGUCCAGACAUCAGCACCCAUCUCGCCGGUACUAAGAAGGUGCAGCAGGAAUUGGCCCGGCGGGGGGUUCUGGAGCGCUUCUUCCCUGACGAACCUAAAACAGUUGCUCAGAUUCGGGCCACUUUCGCUGGGCUGUACACCCUGGACAUGGGAGAAGAAGGUGAUAAAACAGUAGCAAUGGCUUUGGCCAGUCCAGACCGGUAUGUGCUGAAGCCUCAGAGGGAGGGAGGUGGUAACAACAUUUACGGCAGUGAGAUCUGUGAAGUGCUGGAGAACCUGAAGAACUCCACUGAGAGGACGGCUUACAUCCUGAUGGACAAGAUCCAGCCCGUCCCGGUCCAGAACUACCUGCUCAGGCCCGGAGCUCCUCUGAGACUGAACUCUUGUCUGAGUGAACUGGGCGUGUUUGGAGCGUAUGUCAGGAAAGGCAAAGACAUGGUGUUUAAUGAGUGCCUGGGCCAUCUGCUGAGGACCAAGAGCUCAGAGCAUGCUGAUGGGGGUGUGGCUGCAGGAGUAGCAGUACUGGACAACCCACUGCUGGUGUGAACUACAGCACCACCUACUGGACCAUACGGCUGACGUCAGGGGAAUUCAUCAUCCCUGUGAUUGAUUUUCUACCUGGCAUCUGUUUUAUCAAAGGUUUAGUGUGUUAAAUAUCUCCUACAGAUGCAGUAAUCAGUGGGGAGCACUUAUGACUGAACUGCUCAUUUCAUGCACAUUGCAUACCUCAUUCAAGGGUUAAUCUGUUGAAGUGUGUGAGAAGUAAUCAUUGAUGUUUUAUAAAAUAGAUUUUUUUUUUUUUUUGGUUACUUUAACUGGUAAUGGUUUUAUUAAACUACACUGGUAGCCAACUUCCAUGACCAGACACAAUCAGAAAGUAGUUGUUAUUUUUAAUUAAAUAAAUGCAGCCCAAACCCCAAACUUUUGAGUGGUAGUGUAUAUUUACUGUGGAAACAUUAUGUAAUUUCAAUGAAAUGUAAAAAGAUGUUCAAGGACCAUCUACUGGAGAUUAUUUUCUAGACAUGCACUAAGACACAUAAAAACAUAAACCUGCGCAAAUAAAGUAAAAAUCGAAUUCCAAUCAAACAUCUUUCUGAAAUCCACAUUUAUUUCAAUCUCCACAUUACAGCCACAGAAAUCGCACUCUCAUCACCAACCAACCAAAAGUCAACACCAGAAACACCUCCAUCCUCUCGUUCAUUCACUCAACUCUGGACACGUCACUGUCAACUUCUGAAAAACUAUAAUGGUUCCAAUAAAGCAAGAAAGUACAAAGAUGAUACAAGACAUGCAUCAAAUUUCAACCAAUGAAAAAAGAAGAAAUGGCUUGACACAAUGACAAGACCUCAACAGUUUAAACAAGGCCAAAAGAGUUGUUCUGAAAAGAGAAAUCGUAUGAGCUGUAUUGAAUAGUAGGAUUAUUAUGAUGAUGCUGAAACAUUCUGAAAAUGUUACAAAGAAAGAAAGUGGAGUCUCUACACAUUUUCUUGGGUGUUUAGCUUAAUAUCCUGGCUGAAAAGCAACAGGCAGUCAGUGAAGUUAGAUUAACGGGGAACAGAUAGACAAAGGCUCAGACGAACUAACGUCAAAUCAUCUAUCGGAAUGUGCAGGGCAGAAUGACGCAAUGAUCCACAUAGUAACGUCCCUCCUGCCUCACAAUAGUACAUACUUCAUGAUGUACACACUUGCUUUUCCACAAAACAAUGAAAACGCAUCAAUGCAAGCGCCAACUGAACAUGAAAACUAAAGAAAAAACACUGAGUGGUUCUAACUACUUGAUAUGAAAGAAAGUAAAAGAAACUUGUGUGAGACAACCGAUAAAACAAACUCUGAUUACAGCCGUUUCAUUUAGUAGAUUUUACAUGCGUUGAUGCUUCUUUUCCCCCGUUUCCCCAAAAAAGCCCAAAAUAUACAAUGAAUAUAUACACGUUAUAUUCACUACAGUGACACUUAACAACAAAAAGGCAUUCUCGUAUGGAUUUUAUAUCAUAGCAAAGCCAUGAAAAUUGAUGAACGUAUUUAAAGCAUCACUGCCUGAUUUUUGACGCCUAAAAUCCCAAUCUUCCCAUGACUCUUUUCCUAUGAAGAAAAAGCAAUGUUGAACAUAGGAAACGAUCUUUAUUUUAAAUCAAGCCUGAAUGAUAGUCACAUGACAGACGUCACAUGCUGCGAGCCCCUAACCAACACGCCGCCGCAAAGUACCGCCACGUAAGCGUAUAGUAGCAGGGUCAGUAAAAAAUUAAAAAGACCCCAUCCCUGACCCGAUGAGAGAACCACGGCGGUCGGUCGCCAGACAACCAUUAAGCACUUACUUUUUAAAAACUUCAAUUUCUGCGUAAAAAAAACGGUAUAUAAAAAUAUACGUUUUGUGCAGUACAAGUUAGUGCAAUUAUAUUUUUUCCCUCUUGUUCUUCUCAUUGGCACUUAGUGAAAGUUAUGAUCAUGAGAGGGACGCUCUUUCCUUUCUGACCACUGGGAAAGAGAAGACAAAGCUGCACUGAGCUGUGACUGGACAAUAUAUUUUGAUGAAUUCGAUCAUUUGGCAAUUACACACCUGCCCAAUUGUUUCUU